AUGAAUUAUUGUUUUAUCAUCCUAAAUUUGCUUAUUUUAUCUAUUCACCUAUCAUUUGCAGAUUCACAAUUAAUUAAUUCAGAUUAUCAACAAUUUAACUCAACUUCCAAUUCAAAUGUAGCCGUUUAUUGGGGCCAACAUUCAGCUGCUUAUUCUACUGAUGUCUACAACAAUUCAAUUGACACUCGUAGCUUAUCCUUCUACUGUUCUCAACAAUCAAUUGAUAUAAUCAUCUUGUCCUUUAUCUCAAAUUUUCCUGGAACAAACUAUAAUCCCAAAAUCAAACUAUCCUCUUUUGAAUAUUCAAACACCAAUGAUAUCAGAACAUGUCAGCAAAAGUUUAACAAAAAAAUCUUAUUAUCUUUAGGCGGUGAAGCUGGUACUUAUGGUUUUAAAGAUGAGAACGAAUCCGAAGAAUUUGGCGAUAUCCUAUGGAAAAUAAAUAAAAACAAAAUCUCAUCCUAUCAACUUCAAAAUAAAUAUCCAAGGCCUUUUGGAAACGUCUCAAUCGAUGGUUUUGAUUUUGAUAUCGAAAAUGGUCAAUCAACAGGUUAUGCAUCACUAGCGAACAGUCUUCGGAAAAAUUUCAAAACCUCAAAAAAAAAAUAUUAUUUAUCCGCAGCUCCUGAAUGUCCCUAUCCUGAUAACGUUUUACAGGAAUUAAUUGAAAAAACAGAACUAGAUUUCAUUUUUAUUCAAUUCUAUAAUAACAUUCAAAACUGUAAUGCGGAUACAAAAAAAUUCAAUUGGGAUACAUGGCUUGAAUAUGCGAAGACAAUUUCUCCAAAUAAAGACGUUAAAUUGUUUCUUGGAUUACCAGCUUCACUCGACUCUGCUUCAAAUGGCUAUAUAAAUGAUUACAGUCUUCUUUACAAAGUGAUCACAGAUUCACAGGCUUCAGAGCAUUUUGGUGGUGUUAUGUUGUGGGAAGCGUCUGAUGGGUUUAUGAACCAUGACAUGAAUAAAGAACCUUAUAUCAAUGUUGUUAAAUCGAUUUUAGAUGAGAACUUCAGAAUGAAAAGAAAAUUAUGGGCAAUGCAAACCGAAUUUAUAAUGGAUAUAAGAACAAUCAAUCAGCCACCAGUUCCUAAUUCUGCCCUAUUCAAAUCAAGAAACAUCUAUAACUAUAUAACAUUUUAUCAAAAUUGCCUUUUAGUUAUCUUUAUGUAUCUAUUUUUCUGUAUAGGCUUCUCUCUCUUGUGA